CUGCUUCUCCUCUCACCUUCCAUCUAGUUUGUCCUCCUACAUGUAAAGCACUCUUCUGUACGAGUGAGUUCGUGUAAGUGCACAAGGACAGAGACCUCAAGCCAGCACCGGCUCUCAGGCUGUGGGGCAACCACAAGGAAAUACACGCAUUCACUGACACGCUCACUUACACACAAACUCCAAAAGGAAACCACAGUGUAAACACACACACAGACGGAAAAAAAAUUGUCAAGAGUCUAGAAGGCAGGACGAAACUGCGUUCAAAGUGUGGGAGUCGAGAGGAGAACAAGAAGAGGAGAAAGGAAAGAAAAGAGAGGAGCGAGUGAAGGAGAAGGGCCAUGGCAGGCACUCGGAUCCCGAGCCGGCUCGCUCUGAUCAUCUGUCUGCUGCUGCUUGUCACCGGCACAGAGAGCAAACGCAGACUCAGGAGGAGAGGACUCAGCCAGAAGGACUAUGAAUACCCAAACCACUCCCAAUCCACUCAACACCAGAAGAAUGAUCGGUGCCCACCUCCACCUCAGAGGCUUCCCGAGCGGGCGUGUGAGGUGGCCGGCUGCCGCUCAGACUCGGAGUGUGUGAGACACAAACGCUGCUGUUACAAUGGCUGCAUCUACGCAUGUCUAGAGUCAGUUCAGCCUCCACCUGUGCUGGACUGGUUGGUGCAGCCAAAGCCUCGGUGGCUUGGUGGAAACGGCUGGCUCUUAGAUGGACCUGAGGAGGUUCUUCAGGCCGAGGCGUGCAGCACUACAGAGGAUGGGGAUGAGCCCUUACACUGUCCUACCGGAUAUGAAUGCCACAUCAUCAACCCUGGAAACCCCUCUGCGGGCAUCCCCAACCGAGGCCAGUGUAUUAAACAACGGGGAAACUCAGAUGGUCGUAGCCUGAGGCACAAGUACUUCAAAGAUCACAAGGAUUAUUUGGGAAGCAACUCCAACCUUGCAGUGGGAUAUGAGAAACAUCACAAACACUUAGGCUGAAAAGCAGGUGACCUCCAUAACCCGACAGAAUCUAUGCUACAAAACAAAACCAGCAAACACUUCUGCAGAAACUGGAUGUCCUAACAAAGCUGUAACAGUUCACAAAGCUGUUAUUUGAUGCUUUAUGUUUAAAGUCCGCAUUUCCUACCUCCAAAAACACCACACAGAUUGUUAUAGGUUGCCAGCUUGAUGCACCAGUGUGCAUCUUCACAACUUUCUCAUACUGUAGAAACAUACUGCUUAGUAAAAAUAGUACUUGUUCUCAAAUUAUUUAAAAUAUUUAUUGUAUGCUGAACUUGAGAAUCUACCAAAGAUACUGUUCCAGUCAAAAGUUUGGACACACCUUCUAAUUCAAUGGUUUUUCUUUAUUUUUAUUCAUUAAAAGACACUUCAUGGCUUCAAGUAAUGAUGGACGUUGUUUCUCUUUACUUAGUUGAGUGGUUCUUGACAUAAUAUGGAUUACUACAGUUGUGGAAUAGGGCUAUUUACUGUAUUAUUAUUUACUGUUUGAUCUCAAACACAUUAAGAAGGCAAGAAAUUGCACUAAUUAACUUUUGACGAGGCACCUGUUAAUUGAAAAGCAUUCUAGGUGACUACCUCACCCAUCCAUCCAUCCAUUAUCUCUAGCCGCUUUAUCCUGUUCUACAGGGUCGCAGGCAAGCUGGAGCCUAUCCCAGCUGACUAUGGGCGAGAGGUGGGGUACACCCUGGACAAGUCACCAGGUCAUCACAGGGCUGACAGACACAAACAACCAUUCACACUCACACUCACGGUCAAUUUAGAGCCACCAGUUAGCCUAACCUGCAUGUCUUUGGACUGUGGGGGAAACCAGAGCACCCGGAGGAAACCCAUGCAGACACGGGGAGAACAUGCAAAACUCCACACAGAAAGGCCCUCAUCUCAUCUCAUUAUCUCUAGCCACUUUAUCCUGUUCUACAGGGUCGCAGGCAAGCUGGAGCCUAUCCCAGCUGACUACGGGCGAGAGGUGGGGUACACCCUGGACAAGUCGCCAGGUUAUCACAGGGCUGACACAUAGACACAGACAACCAUUCACACUCACACAUACGGUCAAUUUAGAGCCACCAAUUAUCCUAACUUGCAUGUCUUUGGACUGUGGGGGAAACCGGAGCACCCGGAGGAAACCCAUGCAGACACGGGGAGAACAUGCAAACUCCACACAGAAAGGCCCUCACUGGCUGCAAACCCAGGACCUUCUUGAUGUGAGGCGACAGUGCUAACCACUACACCACCUUGCCGCCCGUGACUACCUCAUGAAGCUGGUUAAGAUAAUGCCAAUAGUGUACAAAGUGCCAUCAAGGUAAACGCUGGCUACUUUGAAGAAUCUAAAAUGUGAAACAUAUUUUGUUCUUUUAACACUUUUUGUUUACCACAUAAUUCCAUACAUCUUCCAUAUGAUAUUUCAUAGUUUUGAUGUCUUCAGUAUUGUUCUACAAUGUAGAAAAUAGUCAAAACACACAAAACGCUAUGAAUGAGUAGGUGUGUCCAAACUUUUGACUGGCACUGUACAUGUACCCUUACACACUUUACCAGGCUCUGGCAAAACCAAAGAACACGUCUGCACAGAGACAUACCAGGCAUAAUUUUAACAUUAAAAAAUUAUAUUGUA